CGCUGAUAAGAAAGCAAUUUGUUUAUUUUAUAGGCAAGUUCUAUAAAAUUUAUUGCGAAAAAUCAAAUCAUCAAAUAAAGGGCAACGCAAGCGCAAGUUGUAACAUUAGCGACAAACGCGCAAAACCGCUCUGCCGUAGCGGCGACAAUAGCAACAACAACAUCAGCAACACCAACAACUAAAAGCCCAACAACAACAGCAGCAAAAUACACAAUUUUAGGAUGUGGGACUCGUCAAUGUUUCUGAGCACAUUGACGCCAAAGUUUUACGUUGCGCUCACAGGCACCUCGAGUCUAAUAUCCGGACUAAUACUCAUUUUCGAAUGGUGGUAUUUUCGCAAAUAUGGCACCUCAUUUAUCGAGCAAGUUUCGAUCAAUCACAUAAGUCCGUGGAUCAAUGGCAACGAUGCACAAUCCGAUAAUGGCAGCGGCAGCAGCACCAGCAGCGGUUCAAGUAGCUGCAGCAAUAACGGUCAUGGUGGCGGUGGCAACGGCGGCGGCAGUGGUGGUGGUGGUGGGGGCGCCAACUCAAAUUCAACCACCAGUGGCACACCCGAAUGUAAAGUGUGGCGCAAUCCAUUAAAUCUGUUCCGCGGUGCCGAAUAUCAGCGCUUCUUUUGGGCCACCAGCAAAGAGCCCUUGACGUAUUAUGACAUGAACCUCAGCGCACAGGAUCAUCAGACGUUCUUCACAUGCGAGGGCGACGCACGCAAAGAGGAAUAUGAAAUUAUGCAGACGGCAUGGCGUGAACGAAAUCCAAUGCAACGCAUCAAAUCAGCACAUAACGCGCUAGAGAUCAAUGCCGAAUGCGCACCAGCUUAUAUACUGCUUGCCGAGGAGGAGGCCAUGACCAUACUGGAGGCUGAGAAAAUACUGAAGACCGCACUGAAAGUGGCCGAAAUCAAUUAUCGUAAAUCGCAGGCAACGCAACAUCAGGGCGCAAUUGCCGACGGUGUCCAUCGGCGGGACACGAAUGUGUUGAUCUACAUCAAGCGUCGACUGGCCAUGUGUGCCCGCAAGCUGGGCAAGCUCAAGGAGGCAGCGAAAAUGUUUCGUGAUCUCACCAAGGAGAUACCAUCAAUAAUGAGCGUGCUAAACAUCCAUGAGAAUCUAAUCGAGACGCUGCUUGAGAUGCAGGCGUAUGCCGAUUGCCAUGCCAUAUUGGCCAAAUACGAUGACAUCUCGCUGCCCAAAUCCGCAACAAUUUGCUAUACGGCGGCACUGUUGAAGGCGCGCGCCGUUGCCGAUAAAUUCUCGCCGGACAUUGCAUCAAAGCGUGGCUUGAGUCCGGCCGAGAUGAGUGCGGUGGAGGCCAUACAUCGGGCUGUUGAAUUUAAUCCGCAUGUACCCAAAUAUUUGCUGGAGACAAAACCGCUCAUUCUGCCGCCGGAGCAUAUACUCAAGCGUGGCGAUUCCGAGGCACUGGCCUAUGCAUUCUUCCAUUUGAAGCACUGGAAACAGGUUGAGGGGGCAUUAAAUUUGCUUCAUUGCACCUGGGAGGGCACAUUCCGUAUGCUGCCGUAUCCGCUCGAGCGGGGACAUCUCUUCUAUCCAUAUCCGACGUGCACAGAGUGCGCCGAUCGCGAACUGCUGCCGGCCUUCCAUGAGGUCUCCGUCUAUCCAAAAAAGGAGCUACCAUUCUUUAUACUCUUCACAGCCGGACUGUGCUCAUUCACCGCACUGCUCGCACUGCUCACGCAUCAGUAUCCGGAGCCAAUGGGCUUGCUGGCACAGACAGUACUUACCUGGAUAUUGUAUCCGAUCCAGUUGCUCAAGGAGCGCAUCGAGGCAUUCUGGCCGUGCAAUCUCCUCCAGCAGCUAUCGCGUGUCUAAGUUCAGCUAAUCGAAAAGAAGCGCCAACGCACACACAACAUGCACACCACACAUACACAGACACACACACGCACACACACCCAAACUUUCAGAUACAUCAAAUUUCGUCUGGCAUACGACGGGAAAACCGGGACGCCAACAAAAACACAACUUCAAUCCAAGUUGAAAAAAAACUCACACACAGGA